AUGUCUCAUUAUUUCACUAAAGCCAACCGAAGCUCCCCAUGGCUGCUCAUAGCAUUGGGAGCAGUUGUCGUCCUUUUCAAUGGCAGCAUCAACGCGGUGAAGGGGCAGCGGUUUUGCGGCGCAAAACUAACGGACGCACUUACUACAUACUGUGAAAUUUUCCCCACUCUAGCUCCGUCAAUUAAACGAUCCCAAGGUCAAACCAUUGAAGGUACCAACUAUCGCGAAAUCUUGUUUCCAAAGGUGCCGUUCGUCGGUGAACGGGGCAUGGUGGGGAUGAUCAACAGCAAACCAAACUGGAUGAGGGCAAUUUUCGCGGCAAAGGGUGGCAUCACUGCUGCCAUGGGAGAUGAUUUUACCGAUUUGAUGGUUCCGGAUCGUUUUCAGAUGGAAAAACGUGGCGUUGUGAAUGAUUGCUGCUACCGGGUUUGUUCUCUCGAGUACCUGUUGUCAAACUACUGCAGCUUGUUCACUCGGACCAAUGCAAAUUAGAUUAAGGCUUUCCACAGAGUACAGAAAGUACAAAACAAACUAUGAUCCAAUGUUGCC